CGGUGGGCGCGGGAUGGAGUCCGGGUGCUGGUUGUUCGGCGGCGAGUUCGAGGACUCGGUGUUCGAAGAGCGGCCAGAGCGGCCGGCGGGCCCGCCCUCGUCGUACCACGCCAAGCGCUGCGAGCCUCAGUGGUUUGAUGAAGAAACAGAGAGCAGUGAUGAUGUGGAAGCUCUCACUAUCAAGAAAUUCAAAGGGGACCUUGCCUACAAACGACGCGAAUAUCAGAAAGCACUGCAGGAAUAUUCCAGUAUCUCUGAAAAAUUGCCGUCGAACAAUUUUGCCAUGAAAAGGGAUGUCCAAGAAGGCCAGGCCCGGUGUCUUGUUCACCUGGGAAGGCCGGCAGAGGCGCUGGAGAUCGCUACAAACCUGGAAAGCAGAGCGACCAACACCGACCACCUGACCACCGUGCUCUACCUCCAGAUUGCUAUUUGUUCAAGUUUGCAAAACUUGGAGGAGGCAAUUUUCUGCCUACAGAAACUCAUUUCUUUGCAUCCUUUCAAUCCUUGGAGCUGGGGCCGGUUGGCAGAGGCGUACCUGAAGCUGGGGCUGGUGCCGUCGGGUCCCUUUGCGUCGUCUCAGGACAGUUUUGCCUGCAGUGACAGAAGUAUCGAGUCCUCCUGUCCACACUCAGGAAAAGACUGGCCUUCGUGUCCCCCUGAGACAUUGCUUGCAAGCUCUGUGUUCUCUGUGGAAGCAAGCAGCAGGCAUAACGAGAAGGACGAGAAAGCUCUUAGAAGCACUCGGAGCGGCGUGGCCACGAAGGGGGAAGCGUUGGUGUGGGAGACGCAAGUGAAAGCGUGCGCCUCGUUUACUCGGGCCAGACUUUUGCUUCAGCUCAGCCAGUCUCAGCAAACAUCCUUUGCUUUGGAGAGGAACUUAAGGACUCAGCAGGAAAUUGAAGAUAAAAUGAAAGCGUUCAGCUUCAAAGAAGAUGCUUUGCAGUUGAUAGCUGAGGGGCAUCAGGCUGGGCCGGCCCCUCACCAUUUGUUCUUUAUAUCCCAGAGGGGCUGUGCCAUCAGGAUCUAGAACCACACCAUGAACAAAGAAGACGCUGUGACUCUGAGAAACAAUGAAUGACAGGCUUGUGGUCCUUCAGGCCGCUGGGUCUGCGAGGUAGUCUGAGGGCUGUGAGGACAGUUCUGAGUCCCCCUCUUGCUCGAGGCUGCCUGGGCUCUAGGCCAGGGCCACUUUCAGAUCCGGACACCUCAAGCCCCAGGUCCCUGCCACCAGGGACCCCCGGCCCGCACUCAGCUCUACGAAGCAGGACCUCAAGCUGCUGGACUGCCUCGUCCACGUCAUCUGGAAGCCUGGGCUUGUGUUCCCUGGUGUGACAUUUUCACAAGCACCACGUGACAUGCUGUGGCAGGUUUUGGGUCCUCGUCCUUAGCUCAUCAGCCCAGGGACACCCCAGCAUUACAUCUUUAAAAGGAAGAUGAGUUUCUCUAACUCUUCCAGAAACUUCUGGAAUAUUCCCAAACUUCCUGAACCCCUCUACCCUGAAUUUCUGGGCUGUUCCUGGUGCCAGGAAGCAGGAGUACCUUGGUCAGACCCUCCCUGUGCUGCUCAGCGCCUCCGUUCACCCAUAUGUAAAACCCAAGUCUGCAGCACCUGUCUCUGGGGUGCUGGGAGAGUCUGGGGACAAUAUUAAAGCGUUAGCUGCACAUAGAA